AUGUUCGACACCAUCUGUACUCUUCCUGUCCGGUCCGACAUCUUUGCUCAGGUCAUCCAUCCCACGCAACCACUGUUCGCUAUCGGCUUGUCUUCAGGCCAUGUGUACGCCUACAAGCUCCCCUCCGAUUCCGAGGUCAUUGCAGAUACAUCAGAUGACAGCGCGUCGCCGCCGCUAGACCCCACGAAUUCCCUCAAUGGUUCGAUACUACCUUCCCUGCGCAGAGCUUCUUCCACAAGCCUCUCCGAGAGCGGCCUAGGCUCACUUGAUACACUGUGGUCCACCAGGAGGCACAAAGGAUCGUGUCGAUGUCUUGCGUUCAGUCACGAGGGAGAAUUGUGCUAUUCCGUAGGGACAGAUGGUCUGGUAAAAGCUUUUCACACAGAAACCGGCAAGGUCGUCAGCAAAAUUGCAAUACCUCAAGGUGUUGGAUCGAGGGAGGUCGAUGGGCCGACGGUCCUGCACGCCCUAUCACCGCAAGCUCUGCUGCUAGGCACUGACUCUGGGAAAUUACAUCUACAAGACCUGAGGCAGGGCGGGAAGGAAAUUGUGGCCAAAUGCAGUCAAACCUGGACACCUCACGGUGAAGAACAUAUCAAUUCUCUCGUUCCGCUCCCCGCAAGCGAGGCCAGCACAAGUGGAUUCCCCAAACAGUGGGCCAGCGUCGGUGGCACUACGCUGGCAGUGACAGAUGUCCGUAAGGGCACUAUUGCGGUCAGUGAGGACCAAGAGAUCGAGUUGACGAGUUUGGCCCUGGUUCAGGGCCUCAAGAAAGGAGGGACCAGCGUGGGCGAGAAGGUCCUCGUUGGUCAGAGUGACGGAAUUGUGAGUCUGUGGGAGAGGGGUGUAUGGGGCGACCUUGAUGAAAGAAUCGUCGUCGAACGAGGCGGACUGGGAGUGGAUAGUCUGGCCGAAGUGCCCUUCGGCUUCGGUGGUGGGAAACUGAAGAUGAACGAAAAGCUUGUAGCUGCGGGGCUUGAGGACGGUAGAGUCCGAUUUAUCAGAGUCGGCCGGAAUGGAGUCUUGGGCGACAUGGAUGCCAAACACGACGAACUCGACGGCGUCAUGGCGAUUGGCUUCGAUAUCGAAGGGCGAAUGAUUACCAGUGGAGGCCAGACUGUCAAAGUCUGGACAGAGGCCAAAGGGCUCCCCGGUGGUGGGCGGGCUCCUACAAGCAAGCAUGAUCUAUCCUCCUCUGAAGAUGACGACGUCGAUGCGUCCGAUCUGGAUGCAAGCAGCGACGAGGAUAGUCGAUCAAAGCCGAAGCGGAAGAAAAGGAAGAGGAACAAGGGAAAGGAUAAAUCCGGAGGCAAGGCGUUGGACUUCUCGCUUUGA